AUCUUUCCAUUCUUUGAUCCUUUGUUUCAGCACUUGAGCGAAUUUCUUCUGUUCUUGGAAAUCCUUUCGAAACGAAAUAAACAUCAUCAUGGCUGAAAACUACCACAAGGAGGUCAUUUCUGGCCUCAAGAACAAGAGCCUUUUCAUCCAGGACGCCUUUAUCAACGGCCAAUGGGUUGCCAAAGAGAACAAGUUUGAUGUCUUUGAGCCUUCUACUGCCACCGUCCUCGGUCAAGUCGCCAACUGUGCCCUCGAGGACUUCCAAACCGCCAUCAAGAGCGCCGAUGUCGCCCAGACAAAGUACUUUGACAGCACAACUGGCGCCAGCCGAGGUGCCAUGUUGAGAAAGUGGUAUGACUUGGUUCUCGCCAACCAAGAGGAUCUCGCCAAGAUCCUUUCUCUCGAAAACGGAAAGACCUACUCUGAGGCUCUCGGAGAGGUCAUUUACUCGGCCAGCUUUAUCUCAUGGUUCGCCGAGGAGGCUACACGAUCCUAUGGUGUCACAAUCCCCUCUUCAGCUCCUCACACUACACUCAUGACAAUUCGGGAGCCCGUUGGCGUCUGCGGUAUCAUCACCCCCUGGAACUUCCCCGCCGCCAUGAUCACCCGAAAGAUCGCUCCCGCUCUGGCCGCCGGAUGUUCUGUCGUCAUCAAGCCCCCUUCCGAGACUCCUUACUCCGCUCUCGCCUUCACCAAGCUCGCCAUUGAAGCCGGUCUUCCUCCUGCUACUAUCCAGGUUCUGCCCACGCGCGACCGUCAAGCUGCUACCGAGCUUGCUACCAACCCCCUCGUCAAGAAGAUCUCUUUCACCGGCUCCACUGGUGUUGGCAAGUACCUUGCUAAGCUUGCUGCUGGUACCCUGAAGAAGCUAAGCUUGGAACUCGGUGGCAACGCUCCUUUCAUCGUCUUUGAGGAUGCCGACCUCGACCUGGCUGCUGAAGGCGCUAUGUUCUGCAAGUUCCGAUGCUCUGGACAGACUUGCGUCUGCGCCAACCGACUCUACGUCCAGAAGAGCGUCGCUAAGGAGUUCACUGCCAAGCUCGUCGAAAAGGUCAACGCUCUAAAGAUGGGCGGUGGUCUCGACAAGACCACCACCCAAGGACCUCUUGUCAACAAGUCUGCCAUCGACAAGGUCAAGGAGCACAUCGCCGAUGCCACAUCCAAGGGCGCUAAGAUCGCUACCGGCGGCUCUACCCCCGACAGCCCUGGUUUCUUCCACCAGCCCACCGUUCUUACUGGUGUGACACAAGAGAUGGCCGUUGCUAAAGACGAGACAUUCGGUCCUCUAGCCCCUGUCUUCGAGUUCGACACAGAGGAGGAUGCCAUCCGUCUCGCCAACGACACAGAGUUCGGUCUUGCCGGAUACUUCUUCUCCAAGGACAUCAGCCGUGUCAUGCGUGUUGCCCACAAGAUGCAAGUCGGUAUGGUUGGUGCCAACACAGGCAAGAUCAGCGCUGCCGAGGCGCCUUUCGGCGGUGUCAAGGAGAGCGGUUACGGAAAGGAGGGUAGUCUGUACGGUAUGGCUGAGUACCAAAACAUCAAGUCCAUCACCAUCGGCAACCUCAACAACUAGAGUGGGAGUUACAUGAUGGGGCAUGAGAGAAGAUGCGGAAGAAGAAAAAAUGGAGGAGUUUGUUUAUUUAGCCAUGAUCAAUAAUGACGAGGCGAGACGCCUCACAGGAUAACGACUGGGAAAGAUCCCCAAAAUACAAAACAGUAAAAUUUCAUUAA